GGGGAAGGAGAGCCGUAAAGCGUUGUGUUGUGAUGAGAGAGGUCAUUGGAAAGUGAGCACAGAGCUACCUGGGCUGGUUCGGGGGACAGAAAGAUACUUUAUUGCUACCAGCUAUUCCGGUACCGGAGUAGAUCCAGCGGAAUUUAAAAGGUCUUUAGCGACUAAACUAACCAAGACGAAAUGCUUCGUCUCGUCCUGCGGCUGAGGAAUUCUUCAGCGAUUCCCCGGUGCAGUGGUGCCCUAGCUGGGCCUGCCCUGAGCUCUCGCCCCUCUCCGGGACCUUGUCAUCUGAGGCUUUACCACGGUUUUGUCCGGUCAAGGGCUGUUUGCUAUGGAGGUAGUUUGAACACCGUGGUGUUCGCCAGCAGAACAGCCCCGCUGCCCGCCAGCGGCACCCAGCGCUUCUACAGCCUACCACCGCACCAGAAGGUGGAGCUGCCUGCUCUGUCCCCCACCAUGCAGACUGGAACCAUCGCUCGCUGGGAGAAGAAGGAGGGAGACAAGAUCAAUGAGGGAGACCUUAUUGCUGAGGUGGAGACUGACAAGGCCACGGUGGGGUUUGAGCUGUUGGAGGACUGUUACCUGGCUAAGAUCCUGGUAGCUGAAGGAACUGGAGUUGCCGUGGGCUCUGUCAUCUGCAUCACUGUCGACAGUGCUGAUCUGAUCCCAGCCUUUAAGGACCUGACGUUGGACAAGCUGGCUGCUAGCUCCGCCCCUUCUGCGGCUGCCCCUCCCCCCCCCACUGCUGUCGCCCCUGGCAGCUCCCUACCACCCCACAUGAAGGUGUGUCUGCCAGCCCUGUCUCCUACUAUGACCAUGGGGACAGUGCAGCGCUGGGAGAAGAAGGUUGGAGAGAAACUCAGUGAAGGAGAUCUACUGGCGGAGAUAGAGACCGACAAGGCUACCAUCGGGUUUGAGGUGCAGGAGGAGGGUUACCUGGCGAAGAUCAUGGUGUCUGAGGGAACACGUGACGUUCCUCUGGGCGCUCCUCUCUGCAUCAUCGUGGAGAAGGAGAGUGACAUCGCUGCCUUCAGUGACUACGUAGAGACAGCAGGGGCAGAUGUCUCCACCCCACCCCCUGCUCCUGCACCAGCACCGGUUGUAGCCCCCACUCCUGCAGCAGCUAGCCCAGCUCAUGUGGCCCCGGCAACCCCAAGGAAAGGGCGUGUCUUCGCCAGUCCGCUAGCCAAGAAGCUCGCUGCAGAGAAGGGCAUUGACCUGGCCCAGGUCAGCGGCUCCGGUCCUGAUGGUAGAGUCACCAGGAAAGACAUUGAGACUUUCGUCCCCCCCAAGGCUGCCCCUGCUGCUCCUGUUGCUGCAGCUCCUCCUUCCCCGGCUAGCCACGCCCCUACACCUGCCCCGGGUGUUGCCGUGCCAACAGGCACCUUCACUGACGUUCCUAUCAGCAACAUCCGCAGGGUGAUAGCCCAGAGGUUGAUGCAGUCUAAACAGACCAUUCCCCACUACUACCUGUCUGUUGACGUCAACAUGGACCAAGUCCUGGAACUACGCACGGAGCUCAACGCUGAGGUAAAGGCCCAGAACAUCAAGCUGAGUGUGAAUGAUUUCAUCAUUAAAGCCAGCUCUCUGGCCUGCCUCAAGGUCCCGGAAGCCAACUCCCAAUGGCUCGACUCUGUCAUCCGACAGAACCAUGUGGUGGACGUGAGUGUGGCGGUGAGUACGCCCAACGGUCUGAUAACGCCCAUCGUGUUCAACGCCCACACCAAGGGACUGGCUGCUAUCAGCUCUGAUGUCUCAGCCCUGGCUGCCAAGGCCCGCGACGGGAAACUACAGCCGCACGAGUUCCAGGGAGGCACGUUUACCAUCUCUAACCUGGGAAUGUUUGGUGUCAAGAACUUCUCAGCCAUCAUUAACCCUCCCCAGGCCUGUAUUCUGGCAGUAGGGGGCUCAGAGAAGAGACUGCUGCCCGCUGACAAUGAGAAAGGGUUUGACGUGGCCAGCAUGAUGUCGGUGACGUUAAGUUGUGACCAUCGCGUGGUGGACGGAGCAGUGGGAGCUCAGUGGCUCGCAGAGUUCAGGAAGUUCCUGGAGAAGCCUGUCACCAUGCUGCUCUGAUUGGAUAACACCCUCACCAGGCCACACUGUGGUUGGCUGGAGCCGUCGCCAAGCUGAUUGGUGGAAACCGUUCAUCAUGUUUCUGUGAUUGGCUGGCCCACCACAAGGACACUCCCCCUCCCCCUUAAAGGGGUGAGGCAGGACUUACUCCCCUCAGAAUAUGACACUUUUCCCUCUUCCUCUGUCUCUCCCCCUCCAUAACUGUUGACAUAGUUACAGUUUAGCCCAGUGGCUGUGAUGUCACUACAACAUGUUGUUUAUAAAGGUAACUGUUACAGUUGGGAGAAGAUUGUGUUUAAAGUUUAAAAAAGUUGAGAUUGGAGCUAAGAGUACGUUAGCAAAGAGAGCGAGAGAGACCUGAAGACAAACACACACACACACACACACACACACACUAGCCCAGCCCCUCUGAUCAGCCUGCUAUGUAGAACCAGUAUAGUCACACGCACUAGCCCAGCCCCUCUGAUCAGCCUGCUAUGUAGAACCAGUACAGUCACACACACUAGCCCAACCCCUCUGAUCAGCCUGCUAUGUAGAACCAGUAUAGUCACACUAGCCCAGCCCCUCUGAUCAGCCUGCUAUGUAGAACCAGUACAGUCACACACACUAUCCCAGCCCCUCUGAUCAGCCUGCUAUGUAGAACCAGUAUAGUCACACUAGCCCAGCCCCUCUGAUCAGCCUGCUAUGUAGAACCAGUACAGUCACACACACUAUCCCAGCCCCUCUGUUCAGCCUGCUAUGUAGAACCAGUAUAGUCACACACUAUCCCAGCCCCUCUGUUCAGCCUGCUAUGUAGAACCAGUAUAGUCACACACUAUCUCAGCCCCUCUGUUCAGCCUGCUAUGUAGAACCAGUAUAGUCACACACUAUCCCAGCCCCUCUGAUCAGCCUGCUAUGUAGAACCAGUAUAGUCACACACUAUCUCAGCCCCUCUGAUCAGCCUGCUAUGUAGAACCAGUAUAGUCACACACUAUCCCAGCCCCUCUGAUCAGCCUGCUAUGUAGAACCAGUGUUGUUUAUGUAAAUACAUUGACAGGAGGUCCACAUCUCUGCUUGUUGUCUUCUCUCCAUGGUAGGUAAUUGAGCGAUUGAUGCAUGUCACUGAUUUGCCAGAGUUCAAUCGCCUAUAGCAGGUCUGAAUCAGUCCCUGAUUACAGAGGAAAGAUGUCAACUAGCCGUGCUGCUGACCUCCAGGUAUGGAGCUGAGAACAGCUGAUCUAUCUUGUGAUGCUCUAUGAUAGGGGUCUCCAACAGGUCCAUCUACCAGUAGCUACCAGCCCACCUAUGAGUAGCUCGCCAAACAAUUCUGAAAGUACAUGCAAUUGUCAGUAUCAGACACAGGAAGCUCCCAACUACUAUCUGAACAACACAACGUUGACAUUAUCCCACCCCUGGUUAGCGACUAUUGGCUUCAAAAGCCAAACCUAACAAUAUCUGGCAAUUAUUUUCUAGCAAUAUUGCCUCUGUCUGUGUGUGGUGUGCAUGUUUUUCUAUCACUCAGUGUGUAGCCAGUCGAUAUGAUAACCGUCUUGUGGUUUUACAGAAAUACUUUCGCCAAAACCUUCUCAAUUAAAUGUUAACUGCAAAGUAGGCUUACCUGGCAGAAGCAUAUCAUGAGUAAGUACGUAAUUUGCAUCUGUUAUUUGUUAACUCUGCCAUGAACUGAGCAGCAGCAGUCCAGAACCAUCACUAGAUCAGCACAUUAGAUGGGACAUUCCUCACUCCCCAGAUUCACAAUUAAAGGGCCAGAUGUGCAAUUAAAGGGGAAUUACACCCCAAAAAGUCUAAAUUUGUUAGUUUUCUUCCAGGCACCCAUAAAAUGGCUUUGUGUGAUUUAAGUAUUGACAUGGACUCAACAUCCAUUAUGACACCUCCACUGUGGGGCUCUAUAGGUCUUCUGAUGUGAUUUAAUGACAUGGACUCAGAACAUCCAUUAUGACACCUCCACUGUAGGGCUCUAUAGGUAUUCUGAUGUGAUUUAAUGACAUUGACUCAACCUAAUGUCGUUGUUUCUCUAUGAACAAUUCUAACCAUCAUUUAGGAGAGAUAAAACUGAUUUUAUAGCCCCCCUUAGAGUUGUUUAUGAAUGAACUGUUAUUUGACCAGGUAUAUUGACAGAAAACACAGUUCACUACUUUCUGAGUAGCAGGAAAGAGGAGAAUGUGCCUACAGUGAGGGGAAAAAAGUAUUUGACCCGCUGCUGAUUGUGUACGUUUGCCCACUGACAAAGAAAUGAUCAGUCUAAUUUUAAUGGUAGGUUUAUUUGAACAGUGAGAGACAGAAUAACAACAACAACAAUCUAGAAAAAAACGCAUGUCAAAAAUGUUAUAAAUUGAUUUGCAUUUUAAUGAGGGGAUCAAAUAGUUUUUUCCCUCUCUGUAUUGGAAAGCUAGAAAGAAAUGAGUAGCUGAAGACAUUUCUAGCUCUUAUGCUAGAAAAGGUUGGAGACCCCUGUUCUAUGAUCAGCUAAUCUAGGAUGGGUGGAGUCUUCAUUUACAGAGUGGGAGGGGCUUUAUUUAUGACAUCACCCCCUGACUAAGCACUCGGCCAAUCCCCUUCUUCCCCUGGACAUGUUAUUAUUUUAUAACCUGUUAACAAACAUUCUGAACAGGAAAUGUUGUGUAUUUACAUGACAUCAUCUGAAAACAAGUGAAACGCACAAAGAAGUGAAGCUGGAUGUACUGUUGCCAUGGGAAUUAUUGCUGAAUAAAUUGAGUCAAAAUGA